AUGACCAUCUCCAAGAUCCACGCUCGCUACGUCUACGACUCUCGCGGUAACCCCACCGUCGAGGUCGACGUGGUGACUGACCUUGGCCUCCACCGCGCCAUUGUCCCCUCGGGUGCCUCCACCGGCCAGCACGAGGCUUGCGAGCUCCGCGACGGUGACAAGACCAAGUGGGGUGGCAAGGGUGUCCUCCAGGCCGUGAAGAACGUCAACGAGGUCAUCGGCCCCGCGAUCAUCAAGGAGGACAUUGACGUCAAGGACCAGUCCAAGGUUGACAAGUUCCUCAUCGACCUCGAUGGCACCCCCAACAAGACCAAGCUCGGUGCCAACGCCAUUCUCGGUGUGAGCCUGGCCAUCGCCAAGGCCGGUGCCGCUGAGAAGGGCGUGCCCCUCUAUGCUCACAUCUCGGACCUUGCGGGCACCAAGAAGCCCUACGUCCUCCCCGUUCCCUUCAUGAACGUCCUGAACGGCGGCUCCCAUGCCGGUGGCCGUCUGGCUUUCCAGGAGUUCAUGAUCGUCCCGUCUGCUGCUCCCUCGUUCUCCGAGGCCCUGCGCCAGGGUGCUGAGGUGUACCAGAAGCUCAAGGCUCUAGCCAAGAAGCGCUACGGCCAGUCUGCCGGCAACGUCGGUGACGAGGGUGGUGUCGCUCCGGAUAUCCAGACCCCCAAGGAGGCGCUCGACCUCAUCACGGACGCCAUCAAGGAGGCCGGCUACGAGGGUCAGAUGAAGAUCGCCAUGGACGUUGCGUCCAGCGAGUUCUACAAGACCGACGCCAAGAAGUACGACCUCGACUUCAAGAACCCCGACAGCGACCCGGCCAAGUGGCUCACGUACGAAGAGCUCGCCGCCCUGUACGCGGACCUGUCCAAGGAGUACCCCAUCGUCUCGAUCGAGGACCCCUUCGCCGAGGACGACUGGGAGGCCUGGAGCUACUUCUACAAGUCCCAGGACAUCCAGAUCGUGGCGGACGACCUGACGGUCACCAACCCGCUGCGCAUCAAGCAGGCCAUCGACCUCAAGGCGGCCAACGGCCUGCUCCUCAAGGUCAACCAGAUCGGUACCCUCACCGAGUCGAUCCAGGCGGCCAAGGACUCGUACGCCGACAACUGGGGCGUCAUGGUGUCCCAUCGCUCGGGUGAGACCGAGGAUGUGACCAUUUCGGACGUUGUGGUUGGUAUCCGCUCGGGCCAGAUCAAGACCGGUGCGCCGUGCCGCUCGGAGCGUCUUGCCAAGCUCAACCAGAUCCUCCGCAUCGAGGAGGAGCUUGGUGACAACGCCAUCUAUGCCGGCGAGAACUUCCGCAAGGCCGUGCAGCUGAAAAUGGCGCCCAACAACAACAACGACGCCGUCAACUUCGACAUAAUCGAAGACCACAAAGAAAACAUCCAAGCCCUCCCCAGCGGCCGCUCCGCCCGCAAGCUCGCCGAACUCUAUUCCGCCCCCUCUCCCCUCCACCCCCAAUCCUCCACCGGCAGCAACCACACCAACCCCCUCGACACCAAAGACGUCCACGACACCAUCCGCGCCGAGUUCGAAGCCGAGCUCACCGCCUCCACCACCACCGAAUCCGACGACCCCCUCGACAUCUACGACCGCUACGUCCGCUGGACCCUCGACGCCUACCCCUCGGCCCAAGCCACGCCCCAGUCGCAACUCCACACCCUCCUGGAACGCGCCACGCGCACUUUUCUCAGCGCGCCGCAGUACCGUAACGAUCCCCGCUACGUGCGCAUGUGGCUGUAUUAUAUCUCCUUCUUCUCCGAUGCGCCGCGCGAGGCAUUCGUGUUUUUGUCACGGCAUGGGAUUGGAGAGACGCUGGCGCUGUUUUAUGAGGAGUAUGCUGCUUGGUUGGAAGGGGUGGGCCGGUGGGCGCAGGCUGAGGAGGUGUAUAAGUUGGGGAUUGAACGGGAGGCGAGUCCGGCGGCGAGGUUGGUGAGGAAGUUUGGGGAGUUUGAGCAGAGAAGGGCGGUUAGGCAGGCGGAGGAGGGUGAAGGGGAGGAUGGGGAUGGGCCGUCGUCGCCGGCGUUGCCGGUUGCUAGGCCUGCGCUGGGGUUGAAGGUUGAUCCGUUUGCGGCGGCGGCGGCUGCGGUGGCGGAUCCGCAGGCUGCGGCAAGGCAGACUACUUCGGGGUUGGGAGGAGGGGGGGGAGGAGGACGUCCGGCAAAGCCGGCGGGACGGUCGUCGAAGCUGACGAUUUUCUCAGAUGCGGACGCGGCAGCAGAGCCGGCGGUGGCGUCGGCGAUGGGCUCGCGUGGGGCUGGGUCGAAGGGGUGGGAUAGCAUUGGGUCGCUGGCGGACCGGAAGAAGGAGAAUACCGUGGAGCCGAAGCCGUGGGCGGGCGAGACGCUGAAGGCGGGCGGGAAGAAGAGUGGCGCCAAGAUGGCGGUGUUUCGGGAUCCGCGCGAGCGUGUGUUUGUCGACCUGCGCGUGGUGUACCCGACGCCGGACGAGCCGGGUACGGAGUUGAGUUUUGAGGAGGUGUGGGCUGCCACGAGGGGGUGGUUGGGAGUUCAGUGGGAGGAGGAGGAGCAGCAGCAGGCGUCGUUUGUGGAUGAGAAUUCGCCUGUGAGACAAGUGAAAGCCUCGCAGAAGCUGGCGAUGCAUCAGGAUGUGGUGCGACUGGAUGAAAACGGAGCGCCGAUUUAUCCUGGGGGGUCGAAACCCAGGAAGAAGAAGCCGGUAGAGAUGAAUGAGACGCAGAUCAUCAAAGCAAAGUUGGAUUCACCAUCCGGGCCAAAGAUCAAAAAGAAGCGGCGUUCCACGGCCGAGCCGACGAUGACACUGCACACCAAGGCGGCCACUGACGAUAUUUACGAUAUUUUCAACGCACCGCUCAAACCUAGCGGUCAUGAGCUGGGCGAUAGCGAUGACGAACGCUAUGACUCGGAGGACUACACUAGCGGUGGGGAAAGCACUGUGACAACGACGAAUAUCCCCGAAGAGGACGAGAGAGAAGCAACCGGAGAACCAGGAGAUGGUGAGGACGAUGAUGAUGAUGAUGACGCCAAGAGUGUGGCCAGCGAGUGGUCUGAGUUCUCCACACAUAAACAUAUCCCCGGCUUUGAAAACGAGGCUAGGGAACGGGAUGAUACCCAGGGCUCUGACCUAAUCGAUGUCGGCCAAAAUGACGGGCAAGAAGACGAGGACGACGACCUAGAGCCUCCUAGAACGAGGACCAUGUUUGUGCCGAUCCCGCCGGAAGACUAUGUGCCGAGCCGGCGGCCGUACAGAGACCCCGUCGAGGCGGCUAACAACCGCCUGCCCUUCAUGACACCCAUCACGGAGCGGACGGAGACGUCGCUGGACAUGACGAGCGAGCAGAGCCGGUACGGAAAGACGCCGUCUAGGAGGCGGGUUGAAGACAUGCUUGAAGAGGAGGAGGGUGAUGAGGAUGAUGAGCACAGAAUGGACGAGGACGCAGAAGAGGAUGAUCUCUUGGACUUGGAGCCUUUGAGUAGCCCGCUUAGGGACGUGGUUCUUGAGGACAGCCCAAGAGGCAAGAUCCCGCAGCCGCUGCUCCCCAAGGCCAAGGGCAAGCCGUUUGCCCCGAAACCACUCGUGCCCAAGGGGCCCAUCAUCAAGGAGGCCCAGUGCAAUCCCGUGGACGACGCGGUCCGGGCUGAGAUUCUGGCGAACAUGCACCCUCCGCUGAGUUCAUAUGACGGCUUCUACGACCAUCGCAGCGAAACAUAUGGGAGGGGCGCCGAGAUCCGUAAAUUUGCCAAAGCCGCGGGCAAGGGCAGUCGGACGAGCACCGACAAGACGGGCAACCUGGGGACGGCCGUGGUGCUGGAUUUCCCGAGGACCAAGUCGCAGUACACGAUCCGCAAGGAGCUCGGGGCGGGUGCCUUUGCGCCGGUGUAUCUGGUUGAGAAUUCACGUCCAGAUGGGAGCGGGUCAGGGAAUGGAGACGAAGAUGAAAACGAAAACAGGCACAAAAUCACCCACUACCGCCGCCAAGCCCGCGAAGCCCUCAAGAUGGAACACCCGCCAACCCCCUGGGAAUUCCACAUGAUGCGCCUCGCGCACACCCGACUCGGCCCGCAAGACCGCGCUACAGCGUCCCUCUCACCAGCCCUUGAGAUGCACCUCUACCGCGACGAGGGGUUCCUCUUCCUGCCGUACCACCCUCACGGCACGCUCCUCGACGUGGUCAACCUCUUCCGCGGCGAAGCCUCAGGGGUCAUGGACGAGCAGCUGGCCAUGUUCUUCGCCAUCGAACUGCUGCGCACUGUUGAGGCGCUCCAUUCCAAGCAGCUGCUCCACGGGGAUAUCAAACCGGAUAACUGUCUGCUGCGUCUCGACGAUCUCGAGCCGUCAUCCCCUUCUUCUUCUACCUCUGAUCACCAACACAGCCAAAACCAUAGUCUCUCCCCCCAAUACAACCCCUCCGGCGCAGGCGGCUGGUCCGCCCGCGGCCUAACCCUCAUCGACUUCGGCCGCGCCAUCGACAUGCGCGCCUUCACCCCCGACGUCCGUUUCAUAGCCGACUGGAAGCCCACGGCCCAAGACUGCGCCGAGAUGCGCGAGGGCCGGCCCUGGACCUGGCAAAUCGACUAUCACGGCCUGGCCGGCACACUUCACGUGCUCCUCUUCGGGAAGUACAUCGAGACUGUCCGAUGUGAUGACCAAGGGCUGGCUACGAGUGGAGUCGGCGGGAGGAGGUAUAGGGUCAGGGAGAGUCUGAAGAGGUAUUGGCAGACGGAGAUUUGGGGGGAGUGUUUUGAGUUGUUGUUGAAUCCCGGGGUGCAUGUGGAGGGGGAGGAGGGGGGCAGGAUGCCGGUUGUGAGGGGGUUGAGGGCGGUGAGGGAACGGAUGGAGGGGUGGUUGGUGGGGAAUUGUGAGAGGGGGGUUGGGUUGAGGGGGUUGAUGGGGAGGGUGGAGGGGUGGGCUAAGAGGAGGUAG